AUGAGUCAAUCCACUUUUGCCUAUGGCGGCAUCUGGGUCGUCGACUUCUCCUACCAGUACUUGUUUACACACACUAAUCCAAACGUGCCUGGCCCACUCUAUCCGUUUGAUUCUGACAAAUGUUUUUACGUUUGGUUUUUGAAAAAGCUGGUAGAUUCUACGUUUGUUCUUACUUACGUUCCAUUUUCAGCAAUCGGACGAUAAAUUCGAGGAGGCGAUUUCCUUUUAAAAACGAAUAAUAUUUCUUCGUCUCAUUUCUUUUGCAACCAUUUAUUAAGAUUGUGUGUAAGUAGCUUAAGUAUAGGUUAAACUUUGGACUUCUAGAUAAAAGUUUGGAUUUAAAUACCUUUACUAACACAAAAUAUCUUUUAUUUGCUGCCGAGAUUCUUAAAUUGAUUUCAUUUUGCAUAGUUUUUGAUUGAUUUUUGUUUUUACAGAUAGAUAUUUAAAAUUCUUUACUGUUUGAAAUGUGUGAUUUCCGGCAACUCGGUUCGUAAAAUUUCAGUUACAUCUACUAACAAAUAUUUUGUUUUAUCUUGGUUGACUUUAAGAUCCAUUGAUUUGACUAAUUUAAUUAAAUCUUCAGUUUUUUUUACUACCUCAUUUGAUUUACCACGGGUGUUUCCAAUCACCAUCCGUAUCAUAUGCCAGUAUAGUGGUUUUUCCUAAAACUUCCAUCUCUUGAUUUGAUCUUUUAGCAUUGUCCGUAUCACCUUCUCACUGGUUAAAUUGAAAAGUAUAGACGCCAGCGAUAGAUCACCUUGGUCCAGGCUCAUGUUCACUUCAAAACUGUCCGAUAAAUGAUUUCGGAAUUUCACUCACGGCAGUCUAAAUUUUCAAGUUUGGGGCUUAUCGCCCGCCACGUAACUCCCCUUCUAUUACCGGCCCACCCCGAACGGAAACUAUGGCACACACACACACACACACACACAUACAUAUACGUAUACGUAGACAUAAAGACAAUUACGUUUUAAGAUGCACGCUCUUUUUUUGUUGCGUGCCUUUUCUCCGUUAACUGUAUUAUCUUUUUUUUCUUCUUCCGAUUUCGGCAUUUCAAGACUAUUCCGUGAGACGAAUUCUCCUCAAACUCUCUCUUCCGCCAAUUCUUUCCGAUUCACCUCCGAGUCUCUACAGUCACAAUAUGUUUUUUUAAACAUUCCUCCCUUCUUGACGUCCAUUGACGUCCAUUGACGGGUCACGGCUCCAAUCAACGUGCCCGCAUUUUUCGCCAAACAACACGGCCGGCCCGCUUCAAGUCUUCUGUUUUCGGUUUCGCUCGUAGUUACACGGCCUACGGAACACGUUUCGUAGUAAUUGUAUUGUAUAGUAUUAUCGAAAAGCCGAUCGUCUGCGCCCCGUUAAACGAGGGGGGGUCGAUGGUAAAAAUCGAAUUUUACAAUGUCGGUUUCGACGAUACGCCCGGGCGUUAAUGCACGUCGUACAUUAUGCAACAUCGUGCGUGCCGUUUGAGUCUGGGUCCGCGGCGCAACGUACGCUUUGAUACUAUGGUACACGAGCGUACCCAUAUUGUACCUGCGUAUACCAGCCGGGUAUGCGCUUUGUACUCGGCAACAGACGCGGGGUGUCUUGCCGUAGUCAAUUAUCCUUUUCUUCGGGCGCCGAACAAUUAAUAUUAAUAAUAUUAAAAUAAUACGACCGCCGCCAUGACCGCCGCGCGCCGCCGUUUUACCGCCUCCGACACGAAAGCCAUUUGUCAAAAAGCUCCCGGCAGGCGCGAUUACACUAAUGGACCCGAUAUUACGCUGCUAUGCGCCGCCGUCGCCUCCGACAUCCUCUUCCUAUUUCUCACAUUUUCCAUAAUAUAUACGCGUGUGUGCUGUACAACAACACGCGCGCAAUACGAAAAAGGUUAGGCGCGCAUAUUGCCGCGCGAUUCCGGGCAUAGAGCUUCAUAAUAUAUAUUUUUUUUUGUUCACCCGUUUACAUCGUCGCAGUCAUCGGUUUAUUAUUAUUAUUAUUAUUAUUGAAUUAUUGCGCGCCGGAAAGAAAGAAAAAAAAAAUAAGGCUCGUAAUUCUUUUUAUCCGCGAUCGUGUCGUUCCCCGUGCGUUCUGCGGCGCCGGCACGGGCAACGAUGAUCGCAGCCCGCAGGCGUCGUGAAAUACUUUUUUUUUCGAAAAUCGAAUACCGAAAUUCCGUCGCAUUCUCUUAUAUUGACGUUACGGUCUACUCUCUGUCCCUCUACACGCGGUAUAUAUUACUAUAUGUCGUACACCGCAUCGUCAUCGCGUCCUCAUAACCGCGUAUACAACGUAAUAUUAUUAUAUUCCAUCGCCGCCGCACGCGAUUCGUUCGCUCUUCUGAGCCGCCGCUCUUGCUAAAUCCACCGAAACCUAUAUUAUAUAUUAUGACGUAUGUAUAUAUACGUGCGAAAACGUGUGCGCACACUGCAGUAUAUACGUGUACAUUAAACAGUGGUUAUCUGGUCGUGUUGUUGCGAUAUAUAUAUAUAUAUAUAGAGAGAGAGAGAGAGGUGGGAGAGUGGCGCGACGCGUAGGGGCAAAUGUGAGCGAUAUAGGGGAGGGUAUAUUAUAUUAUAUAGGGGAAAGAGGACGAGAAAAAAUGAAUUGAUUAAUUGCCGGCGUUUCAGUGGCGGCGGCGGUAAGGGCAGAGUGAGGGUAUACACGCAUACAUAUAUAUAUACAUUAUACAUACAGUUAUCUGACGGCCGCGGCCGUGCAAAGACCCGACGGCUUUAAAUUGGAUAAAGAUUGAUGCGAAUCAAGAGACUAUAAUAUUAUAUACGUAUAGCUGCUGCAGCCGGAGGCGGCGGCGCGUAUCCGAGACCCAGACGCGAAAGAUUAAAAGGAAAUCUCUCCGGCCGGACCGGACGAGGAAAGACAAAGCGAAACCGAGAUCAACUGUUAUACUAUAUUAUAUAUACCUAAGCCGUAGUAUGAAAAAAAAUAAAAUAAUAAUAAUAAUAGAAAUCCCCGGACGGAAUAAAAGCGCAGACGACGGCGAUCAACUACCCCUGUGUUGAUAUAUCGCGUCGGACGUGUUAAUACGGUUUAAAUUAAAAAAAAUCUAAGCGCGUGCCCGUCAACUGUACACAAUAUAAUAAGUUUUAUAACAUUGUUAACUAAUCGACGUCGUUAUGAUGUUCGGUUAAAACGCGUAGUCGCCGUCGUCACGGCAGUCGACGAUUUUUCAAAAAAAAUAAAAAAAAAAAAAAAUAUAUAAAUAAUAUCGCCGACAACGCUGGCGACCGGCUUAUUAGUAGUAAUUUUUAUACAUUUCUGUCGUAUUUGACCCGGAAACUAUUGAGGCGUUUCGUAUUGUGUCCAGUUAGACCGACGCCGGUAGCAUCAGACUUCAAACAUCAUCUAUGAACAUAUAAAUCAGCUAAAAUUCAAUGAAAUUACGAGUUUCCGUUGUUUUUUUUUUUUUUUUUUUUUAAUGACAGUAGAACAAUUUUCGCGCCCCUUAUGUAAGUUAAAUGACUACCCUUGGCCCCGAUAUCAUUAAUAGCGUUCGGUUCUUUACAAUUUUGCAAAGAAUUUGUCUAUUAUACGAAAUGGGAGGGAAGGCGAAAUUCGGCUCUAUUGACGGAGCUCUGCUGCUCACGGAUGUUUUUAAGUUUUUUUUUUCAUUUACUCGAUUAUUAAAUACAAUAUUAUGUUUUCAUAACACACGUGCGCCGCGAUCGCGAGUAUGUUAGACAAUAAUAAUUUAAUAUUCACAAAUGUCGUCAUAUUUCCUACUAUUAUAUUGCAGUUAUUAACAAACGUAAACUUGUAUUCAUAUAUUUUAUCCAAUUUUUUGUUUCCGUUGAACCGUUUUUUCACGAUGAUACCAUAUUUUCAAGAAUAUUAUUGUUACUAACAAAUUGACUCAUCAUCGCGAGUGUCGCAACAAUAUUACAGUCCGUUUUUAAGUCAAUUUUAUUUCAUUUUUACCGUCGUAUUUCUCUACACGUCUCACCCGUAUAUUGUGAAAAAAAAAUUGUUGCUCUUGACCACAGACGAAGAAAAACCUGAACCUAAAGAUUUAAAAUUGAACCUUCAAAUUAUAUACUACGGCAAAUUUAUAUUAUUCAAUCGAGGUAUCAAUAAAAAUGAAUUAAUCGAAUUGCGUUUUAAUUUAUAAAACACACUAAAACCAUGGCAUUACCACAAAUCAUUCUAUACAAAGGAAACAUUAUUAGAUAAAUAUUAAAUAUAUAUAAACACGUAUAAUCGCAUAGUUAUAGUUUAUUUUUAGUUAACACGUAUAGCUAUUUCUGAGUUCCAUAAAACUAUCAAGUUGCUCGUCUAGUUCGUCUUUGGUUGUCGCUAUUUUUUUCGGCUUCUCGGCCACUCCUUCUGAAUUUGCCACGGUUAUUAUUUCCGCGACUUCCUCUGACAUUACCUCGGUUACGCAGAAUUCCUAUAUUAAAACAAUCGUCAAAUGGCAAUACCGAACAACAAAUAAAAAACCUAUUAAAAUAUAAGUAGUUACAUACCAUCUCCACGAGUAUUUUAUACGAUAUUAUUGUUGCCGGUCUACCGAGAUAUAAAUUAUAGUUAACAAUGUUCGAAAAAUUGCCGAGUUUUAUUUUCAUAGGACGAUCUAAAACGACCGAUCGAUAACAAAAAUUUCAGAAAAUUAAUGUAUUGUAUAAAUAUCGUUGACGCAGGGUUUUCAAACAUCACACUGGCCGUUCCUAAUGAUCUACCGAAUUUGUAAUUUGAAAGUACACCGACAUUCAAACGGCUUUCAAAUUAAAUGACUUUAAUGGCCCGAAUUUGUUAAACGACAAACAACAACCGAACAACGGACUUUAACCAAAUAUAAUAGUAUAACUAAUGCUAACACGACGGGUUCUAGGAUAUCUUGGCGAAAGGCAAUUCAGCGAAAGACGUUUUGGUGGAUUGUUUUCAGCGAACGGAUGUAUCGAACUAGUUGACAAUUUACCAGCAAUCUAUUUUGUCUGUAGUAGAUUAUAUUGAAGAUAAUUUUAUCGGUAGGUUAGGUAUAAAAAAAAGUUGCGUUGCAUUGUGUUAUAUAAUUCUUUACUAAAUCUUCUAAUUUCGUGUUUUAUAGGAAGGCCAAUGAGACAAAGUGGAAUACUUACGAAACUGCCAUACUUGGACUAACUCGUAUAAAUAAUAGUUUGGAAAGAUGCCAUGAUAACCUUCAAAAACAAGUUGGUGGUCAUCGUAUAAAAAUUUGGAAGAUUUUUGAAGGUCUUCAAAGAGAGGCCCAAAUAGCCGAUUUGAAAGUUGCACACGUUGAGGUUGGUAAAGAAGAGCAACAAAAGUUAAAAUGGGAAAAACCAUGGAAAAAAUAUAAAAAAAAAGGUUGGAAAAUUAUUCAAACGAAGAUAUAAUAAGUUAACUUAAAAGUUUUUCACACAAUAUUGAUUUUUAGUUCGAUUGGUUUUGUACUUUUACUUUUUUAAUUAUUAUUAUUUUCACUCCAAAUAUCCAAUUUGUCAAAGGUAGAAAAUUAUUCAAACGAGGAAAUAAUAAGCUACCUAAAAAGUCUUUUUCUCUGCAUUUUUACUAUAAACAAAAAAAAUUGUUUCGCUGAUAUGUCCACUCACCAAAAACGAUUCAUCAAAAUAUCUUUAACCGUAAUGACUGGAUACCAAUACAACAGUAAGGGGUGGAUUGCAAGUUAGAGAAAAUAUAUUUAACAUGCAUAUUUUACGAACGUGAGUAAAAAAAAAAUAUCGAAAAUAAUUGUUCAUGUUAAAAUUACUAAUCCGUAUAAUUUCAGGCGUGACUCCAAAGUUUAGGUUCGAUAAAUGGAUUUUAGGACUUUUUUCCGGAAAAUCGUUGGACAUAAUAUUUUGUUUUCUUAUUUUUUACACUUUGCACGUCAUAUCACGUCGUAGAAAUGAAUCUUUUUUCUUUUACGUGAAAAUAAUAUGAUGCGUAUUGGCCUACCCAUAAUGUUAAUUAGAAAGUCUAAAAUAAAUGUAAAAAAAAAAAAAAAAAAAAAGGCAUCCUAAAAAUGAGUGCGGUAUGCGUAUUAAUCGUAAUGCGUUUAAAUAUAUUUUUUUUUUCGGUCCUAGGAUUUGCUAUCACACGUACGGCUCGUGAGUUUGGUGUUGCGUUCUCAAAAGCUACAUUUCUCUGUCGGCGAUUUAUCGCAACGUCAACGUAUUGUAAUCCGACAAAAUACGGUAAGUCCGCAGUGUCGGAAAAGCUCGCAUGAUGCAUUUCUCAUCUUCGCGUACGAACUGAAGCGGUUCGGGCACCCGUCCCGCGUUCCACCGCCGACGUAUGACCGAAAUUUCGAUCCUCCUUCGUGCACUCCGCCACCGGCACGACUGUCGCCACUGUUACGCUGUACGCCACCGGACGAUGCCCGCCGGCCGUUCAUAGUUUCCUCCGAACUCACGUCCAUUGUCGACUGA